CCAUGGAGCACUAUCCAGCAAUCCGAAUUUGUUGAACGAAUAGCCACUGAUCAAACUGGUGAGCUAUAUUCCUUCUAAGUCGAGAUUCCGAACAUUAUGUAUCGUCCAAGGGGGGCCACCAACUCCUCUACUGCGUCAAGGUCGAAUGGUGCACUGGACAAGGACUUGGACGCCAGUCUACAUUCUCAGUCUCACCAUGGUCAACGACCCGCUAGGCGGCGUAGUUCUCUGGACAACUCUUGUCUGGCUGCUCCGGAGACGUUUCGAGAGUAUCUGUUUGAUAUCGGUCAAGAUGACAAAGACUUGGAAAGGGGGCCGCGCGAGCGACGACGACUUAGCCUCAACAACCGCACUUCCACGACGACAAUUUUCCUAGCCGGAUCGCCGUCUACGCAUCGACCCAAGAUCGACUUAGAUAAGGAUUGGCAUGAUUCCUUUCACAGUAAGACUCCCACCGAUCUUCUUUCUUCGCAUCACGACUCUGCGACGAGUUGGGACAGCGACGAGGAUUCGUUCUGUGACGCUACUGAAGAAGAACCGGCGAAUAGAGAGUAUCUGCGACGCGAUUUGGGAGCAAGCUGCCGCUGGAGCGACGACGGCUCCGAGGACUUUGACUUUGAAGAUGAAGAAGAUGUCAAUGUUGGCCCCGGGAGGCACUUGAUGAGUCGUUCUACGUCUAGCAGACGAGCAAGCCGCCGUCCUCGACGUCCUAUUGGUCCGGCGGAAACGGCAGCCCUGACAAAAAGUAUAUAGCUAUUGUCUUGUUGAAUCCAUUAUGAUAAAUGGAUUCGAAUGAGCAACCUAUCGCAUGGGUCUU